CAGCGGCUGGGAGGCGGAGAGCAGCACAGGGACGCCACGGCACCGCAGGCAGCACCGGCCAGGCUCGCUACUGCAGAGGACAACACCGCCAACAAACACGGGGACAUUCACCGUGGGGAAGACAAAAAUACCCGCCCAGGAGGAGGAGAAACAAAAACCUGCCACGGUUACUUUGAAAGUAGCGAGAGGAGUACGGAGCUCCGCCGCCCCGCCGGCCGCCAGCGCUGCUCUCAUCCCGGAGUUGACUCACAGAAGAUGCAAUGCUAAUGUCCUGAGCUGAGGCAGUCCAGACUUCAUCCCCACUCCGCCCUGUCCGUUUUCACUCCUGGGGUGCUUUUGAUCCAUCACCAAGAACCAGCAGUAAGGACCUCUACCUUUCCCCUCCCCCCAUUCCCUCCUGCCCAGCCUGCCGUCAACAUGACGUCGGAGCUGGAGAGCAGCCUGACCUCCAUGGAUUGGCUUCCUCAGCUGACCAUGCAGGCAGCCAUCCGCAAGGCUGAUGCCCAGAAUACCCACGGUCCAGGCAUGGGCAAGAAGAGUACUAUGCUCGAUCACAACACCACGUUGGAUCAGGAGGAGGUGCAGCAGCACAAGGAUGGCAAGCCUCCCUACAGCUAUGCCAGUCUCAUCACAUUUGCUAUCAACAGCUCGCCAAAGAAAAAGAUGACACUGAGCGAAAUCUACCAGUGGAUCUGUGAUAACUUUCCGUACUACAGGGAAGCGGGCAGUGGCUGGAAGAACUCAAUUCGGCACAAUCUGUCUUUGAACAAAUGUUUUCUCAAAGUGCCUCGCUCCAAAGAUGACCCUGGAAAGGGCUCCUACUGGGCCAUUGACACUAACCCAAAGGAGGAUGCCUUGCCCACCCGGCCCAAGAAGAGGCCGCGGUCUGGAGAGCGGGCUUCCACGCCGUACAGCCUGGAUUCAGAGCCUUUGGUGAUGGACUGUAUGAUCUCUGGAAGUGCCUCUCCAACGCUGGCAAUCAACACUGUGACUAACAAGGUGGCGUUAUACAACACAGACCAGGAAGGGAGCGAUAGUCCAAGAAGCAGCCUUAACAACAGCCUGUCUGAUCAGAGUCUGGCCUCAGUAAAUCUCAACAGUGUGAGCAGCAGUGUUCACAACUAUACACCGGUGACCAGUCACCCCGAGCCCGUGUCCCAGUCGAUGAGCCUGCAGCAGCCCCCCCAAUCCCAGUACAACAUGCCAGACAGGGACAAGCAGCUCCUGUUCUCAGAGUUUGAAGAUCUCAGUGCCUCCUUCCGCAGCCUUUACAAGUCUGUUUUUGAGCAGUCCUUCAGCCAACAAGGUCUGAUGGGCAUCCCGUCAGAUUCCUCCCAGCAGACCCACACCUCCUGCUCCUAUCAGCACUCCCCAGUGGCACUUACCACUCAGAACAGUCUGUCAAACAACCAGCCCAACAGUCACCCCAACAACCACUCUGCCAACAGCGGCCAAGUGCCGCUCUCUCAUCCCGCCCAAGCCCACCCCGGCCACGGCUCGCCUCACGCACAGCACCUCCCGCAGCACGGCGGCCCUCACAACCAGCAUAGCCAGCACCCUCAGCACGCUGCGCACUCCCAGCACGGGCACCACCCCUCGCAGCACCCGUCCCACAGCCAGCACCCACAGCAACACACGCCGCACCCCUCCCAGCACACGCAGCACAGCCAACACCCCUCCCAGCACGGACAGCAGCACCAGAGCCUCUCCCACCAGCCCCAUCCCACCCAGCAACAGAUGGCCUGCAACACAGGUUUACUGUCUGACUGGUACCCGAAUCUCGAUGCACUGAAAGAAAGCUGUCGUAUUGCAAGCAGCUAUAACUGGGCUGAUGUCGACCUUUCUCCUUUUCAAGGGUUGAGAGACAGUAUGAGACAAGCGGAGCUGAACAAUUGGUGCCUUGAACCCACCCAGAUCGCAGACCUCUGCACGUCCAUCAACCAGUUCUUUGCCCGCACCGGUGUAAUACAGCCACAGGGGGCGGUACAACCUCCUGUAUGCCAUGGCUCCAUGCACACCAGCAAACCCAGCCAGCACCUCAACACAGGAAAUCUGUACAUGGACACGAGACAGAGCAUGUCCAUGAUGGGUCCUCCAGGAUACCCCCAUAUGCCCCCCAUGAGCAGCACAGGGCCCACUAUGACAGGACACCACACACAGAUGAACCAGCAGCACAUCAUACCCACCAGAAACUUCCAGAUGCAUCGCAUGCCAGCUGAUGACAUCCAGGAUGAUUUUGACUGGGACUCCAUCGUCUAGCCAUCAGACCUUCUUUUUGCAUACAAAUCGGAGCGAGGAGAAGAGGUGGAAGCCAGAGGAAGUCGGGCUGAGGCUGAAAGGCCGCAGGUGGAGGAGGCCACUGUGUGAUGCAGAACAAUAUUUGACAAGCUUUGGAGAAAAAACAAACUUCAGAGUCCUGACACUUGCAAAAAGCAAAGCAUAACCAGAAAAUGUUACUUUGAAGACAAUCAUAUUUAGUCGGACAUAUAAAAGCGAUCGCUUAUGAACUUGUCUAGAGACGAGUGGAACUUAUUCAUGUCUAAAACACAUGCUCCUCAGCUCCUCUGCCAGCCCUCCCCUCGCCCCAGCGAUCAGCCCUCCAGUGUCCAACCCCUCUCCCCACCAACGCCCCUGCUCCGUAACGGUUAUGUGAUUUGAGCAAUGUGUUGAGCUUGUACUUCUUCUCGUGUUAACAUUGGCCUUAGCUGCCUCUUGGAUGACUAUCUCUCUCUUUUUUUAAAAGAAAAAAAAAGUUAUUUUUACUUUUCUUUCUAAGAAACACAGGCCAUCUCUGUGAGUAAUGUGAUGGUGCUUAUUGGUCACUUUUGGGAGAAGGCAGGCCCCGCUGUGGCUGAACUGGUGGUUAAGUCAGGUUUACAAAAGCUAAGGUUUUGAACAGGGUGUUAAAUCUUAAACUAGGCUGGACUCUAAACAAACCAGGAGUGAGAAUGAGAGCACUCAUACUAAUUAUAGUCAUCUUUAUGAUAUUCAGCCAACGUGAUCUGGCUCUCUGCAGCAAGUUAGUUAUAGGAAUUCAACGAUGACGUCUUUCUUAGGUCUCCGUCUCAAGCACUUCAGAAUGAAUGAAUUUGAUGGUGAGUGAAUGAAAGCAGCAAAGGGAGAGAAUUCAGUCUGUAGGAAAUUCAUUAAACUCAAAUUACUGU